AUGUCCUUUCUGAAGCGCGAAUUCGGGGGCUUCAGUGACAUGGUCGGCGAUAUGGAUGAUGACAUGGACGACGACAUGGACGGUGAUCUGGAUGAUGUUAUGGACUCCCCUUUCAUGCAGAUGUUCCUCUUAAUGGAACCUGUAAGUCGUGAAAUCGUCGCGGCUCACGAGCGCGAAGGCGGUUCGCAUUGCCCAGCUUGCGGGGAAUACCAGGACAGUUGGUUCGACCUCGACGACCACAUCCGCGACGAGUUUGACCAUCAUGUGUGCAUGGAUUGCAGAAUUGCGUUCCCGAGGCGGCGCGUUCUGCUGGAGCACUACAUCAACGAUCCCAAGCACUUCUUCUGCGAGAUGUGCGAGGACUUGUUCUUGAACCAGAAGUUCCUGGAUUGGCAUCGCCAGCAGUUCCACGCGUACUGCUAUAGCGCGCUGGUGAAUCACCUCGAAAGUGGGAAGUGCACCUCAGGAGUGCAUCGUCGCUUCAUUGAAAAUUACGUUCGGCAGCUCGACACACGCCGGCUAAUCACGGACCCACAGCUUUCCUACGUAGGACCUUCAACCCACAACCAGGACGGCAGGUAUAUCGCGACCAACGCUGCAUGGAACGGCUCCAUGUUCGAAUGUGACCUUUGCCACCUCAAAUUCAUAUCCCUCCACAACUUGAAUCGUCACCUCGCCAGCCCGCGCCAUGCGGAGAAGGCGUACGUCUGCCGUGGUCCCACUUGCGGGAAGCGCUUCAAGACCUUCAGCGGUCUAGUAGACCAUAUCGGGAGCAACAAGUGCGACGUUGCGAGGUUCAAUGACGUCAAAUUCGCUGUGGAUAGUUAUCUUGGUCAGAUAGAGAUAAUGGGUGUGUAA